AUACCAGUAUGUCUGUUCUUCCCCAUUUUAUGCUCUAUUGAUGAGACGUUUUCAAAGCUCUUUGUAACGAAUAGUGUAAUUUAAUGGUAUCAAAGGUUUACCUACUGAUAAGGCUAUGUAGAUAUUUGUUUACAUUAGUUUUGUUGAUGAUUAAUAUGAAUUUAUUUUUAAUAUUAUGGCAUUAUGGAUUCAUUUUGGGAGCAUUUUUUUGUUUUCUUCCAUUUUAUCAAGUGAAUGCGAUUCGAAAAUACUCUAAAGAAGACCUACUCAAAUUAAGAGAGGAGGUGCGGCAAAUGUUUGAUCAUGCUUAUACAGGCUACUUAAAAUAUGCUUACCCAUAUGAUGAAUUGCGACCUUUGACAUGUGAUGGAAUAGACACUUGGGGGAGUUAUUCCUUAACUCUAAUUGAUGCUUUAGACACACUUGCUGUGAUGGGGAAUUAUUCAGAAUUCAAAAGAGUUGUUGAUAUUGUGACUACAAAGGCUAAUUUUGAUGCAAAUAUUAAUGUUUCUGUGUUUGAAACGAAUAUACGGAUUGUAGGAGGUUUGUUGAGUGCUCAUAUGCUUUCCCAAAGGGCUGGAGUUGAUUUGGAGCCAGGAUGGCCUUGCAAUGGUCCUCUUCUUCGACUAGCUGAAGACGUAGCACGCAGGUUGCUAGCCGCUUUUGAUACACCUUCCGGCAUGCCCUAUGGAACAGUAAAUCUUCGUCAUGGGGUUCCACCAGGAGAGACUACUGUAACAUGUACUGCUGGGGUUGGAACUUUUAUAUUAGAAUUCGCUACCCUUUCGCGUUUAACUGGAGAUCCAGUCUAUGAAGAGGUUGCUCUAAAUGCUUUAAACUCACUGUUUGAAAGACGUUCUGGAAUUGGACUAUUUGGGAAUCAUAUUGAUAUCUCAAGUGGCCGUUGGGUAGCUUUAGAUUCAGGAAUUGGUGCUGGAGUUGAUUCAUUUUUUGAAUAUCUUGUUAAAGGUGCAAUACUUCUGGAUAGACCCGAACUUAUGGCUAUGUUUAAAGAAGUCAGGAAGCCAGUUGACAGGUAUCUGAAGAAAAACCAUUGGUAUGUUUGGGCAUCAAUGCAUAAGGGACAAGUCACACUUCCAGUUUUUCAAUCUUUGGAGGCAUAUUGGCCUGGUGUUCUCUCCUUAAUAGGAGACAUUGACACUGCAUUGAGGUCCAUGCAUAACUACAAUCGAGUUUGGAAGCAGUACGGUUUUACUCCUGAAUUUUAUAAUAUAGCACAAGGGGAAGCUGGAAGUAACAGAGAAAGUUAUCCUCUCCGUCCAGAACUUGCAGAAUCAGCAAUGUACUUAUAUAGAGCAACAGGUGACACUUUCAUGUUGGACAUUGGUCUUAAUAUACUCCGCAGUUUACAGCAUAGUGCUAAGACUCCAUGUGGUUAUGCGACGAUAAAAGAUGCUCGAGACCAUACUCAAGAGAAUAGAAUGGAAUCAUUUUUUUUGGCCGAAACCACGAAAUAUCUUUAUUUGUUAUUUGAUCCUGAGAACUUCAUUCAUAAUGAUGGUAGCAGUGGUAGAGUGCAUGUUCUUCCCUCUGGGAGGCAAUGUGUAUUAGAUGCUGGAGGUUACAUCUUCAACACAGAGGCUCAUCCAAUAGAUCCUGGUGCUCUUCGUUGUUGCUAUGAGUGGAAAGAAGAGAAAGAUUUUUGGAAAAAAUCAAAAAAUCCUAAAGGAGAUAUGUUGAGUUCAAGGAAAAAGGAAAAAAAAGUUACACCAGAAAAGAGCAGUUCUGAAAGGUACAGUGAUAAUGAAACCAGCCAACUCAUUGUUCAAGGGACUGAUGGUAACUUUCAAAACCAAUCAAGUGAUUAUUUUAAAGUCAUAAGUAAAGAUAAUUCAAAUGAUGGUAAAAGUAGUUUAUCUGAAGAAGUAGAGAAAUUGUCAAGACACACUGAAACUCUCAAUCACCUAUUGAAUAUUGUAAAAGCUAGUCGUGAAUCUGUAUCAAUAAAAACAGAAAAUGAAAAUGAAGAAGGUGGUGAAGAUGGGCCAACAUUCAGCCAAAACAGUUCCGAGUCACCUGUCCUGGAAUGGCCUCCCAAUUCAACUUUGUCUCAACCUUCAACAUCUGAACGUGAAGAAAGCUUACCAGAGUAUGUUCGUGAGUUGGUAGGUUUAAAAAGUAUAAAAAAAGAAUUUGAUCCUCAGAGACUUCUCGAAUCGAUCAGGGCAUCAUCUGCUGACAUCAGUUUAGAUUCAUCUAAGAAAUAUCAGCUGCUUACGUGUCCUGCUCAGCCAUUUCAUAUAAGGUUAACAAUUGCUGGUGAAUUUAUUGAAGAAAAAUAAAAUUUUACAGGAGAAGGCAACCAUGUACAUAAAAUAAUUCAAUAAAAACAAGUUUGUAAAUAAUAUGAGAUAAUAAAUUGAUUU